ACUGCCCCGGAACCCACAGGGGCAGGCAGCUGGGGGUAGGGGGGCGGCCCUGGAGUAGGGGCUGUGGCGGUACGAGGGGACUCGGCUGCGGUGACUGCGGGGCUGACGAGAAACUACUAACGUUCUUGUGGAACCAAAGUAGAAUUUAUAAGAACGUAAUGGAUGGAGAAGAGAAAACCUAUGGUGGCUGUGAAGGCCCUGAUGCCAUGUAUGUCAAAUUAAUAUCCUCUGAUGGUCAUGAAUUUAUUGUAAAAAGAGAGCAUGCACUAACAUCAGGAACAAUAAAAGCCAUGUUGAGUGGCCCAGGUCAGUUUGCUGAAAAUGAAACCAAUGAGGUCAAUUUUAGAGAGAUUCCCUCACACGUGCUAUCAAAAGUAUGCAUGUAUUUUACCUACAAGGUUCGCUACACUAACAGCUCCACCGAGAUUCCCGAAUUCCCAAUUGCACCUGAAAUUGCACUGGAACUGCUGAUGGCUGCGAACUUCCUAGAUUGUUAAAUAAAAUAAAUUAUAAUAAACUGUUAAUUUUUUUCAGUAUUUAAUACCUGUAGUUCAGUUAGUAAUUUUUUCAUAUAUAGCAUGUUGCCUGUAUGCAAUUGAACUACAAAUUUAAUUGCAAAGCAGAUUUUCUUCUGUUCUUUUGCAUAGCAAUCAGUUGAAACUUGUUUCCUACAUCAACAAAUUAAGGACAUUUUCACAAACUGAGAAAUAAACAAUUAUGCCAAUUUGUAGGUGGUUUUUGCUUAUCCUUUGGAUGUGACUUUUAAAAUUAGAACAAUAAAUGUUGAAAUGUAGGCAUAAACAAACAUGUUCUACAGGUAAAUAAUGGGGCUAUGUAUUUUUGUUUUUAGUGGUUUUUUUAAAAAACUUAUUCUGAUCUAUAGCCACUGAUAGCAUUACUAGAGUUAUGCAAAUAAUUACAUAAUAAACAUGUUUAUAACUUAGCCAAAAAUUGAUUUUUAUAAUUCCAAGAAUGAGAGUGGAAAUUUCUUAUGUGUUUUUUGAUAAACUGCAGUAUUAUUUAAGUGUAUCUUGUGUUUUGUUUAUUGCUACAGUUAUAAGAUCUUUAUUUAAAAACAAUUUUGGAAGAUCACUAGGUACAACCUUAGUAACUGUUUGAACUGUAAGCCAGAUGGUCAAUAGGUAAACUUCAUGACUUAGAUCCUGUUCAUUGUGCAUUUGGGGCAAUCCAAAGUACUGUACUUUCAUUGACUUUAAAGCUUCCUUUGCAGUUUUCAUUCUUCAUAGUUCCUUAUGAAUAUACGUCCCCUUGUUUAAAAUAUUCAUUAUGAGUUUUAUCUAGAUAUUAAAGCUAGACUUUUCUGAAUAAUACCAGUCUUCCUCCAUCAAAUGUUAUAAAAUAUGAAAAAUGUUGAGCGAUGUAAAAAAUCUUAUAAUACACUUAGAGUACAUGAAUUAUAUAUUAAUUAAAGUAUGUUCCUAUAAAUGUGGUACCUUAAUCAGUGGGUCUUACAAAGUCAGACUUAUAAGGAAGUCAUUCAACUUUUAAGCAGACAGCAUGAGAAACUAUGACAGCAUCUUGACUUAGGCUUGGUAGAAGAAUCACUGAAGUUGGGUUUAGUAUUGACUGUUCUAGUACAACAAAGCUGUCAUUUUGAGGUCUAUAAACGUAAAUAUUCAGCUUAUUGUUAAGAUUAGCUUAAUAUAGACCAGAUUUUCUGUAAAACUACAAAAAAAACAAGAUGGUUUUUCCUCUUA